AUGGAUCUAUCAAGCAACAGUCUCACUGGCAUGAUCCCAAAGUCACUGAAGGCCCUCAAACACCUGACCGAUAGUAAAUUGCUUGGCAGAGGAAGUUGUGGCUCUGUUUUCAAAGGAUCUUUUACUGACGGAACACUAUUUACCGUAGAAGUGUUCCAUUUGCAAUUCGAAGGUGCAUUCAAGAUUUUCGAUACAGAAUAUGCAGUGUUCUGUAGCCUCAAUCACAGAAAUCUCGCCAAAGUCAUCAGCAGUUGUACAAACCAUUAUUUUAAGGGCUUGGUCCUUGAGUACAUGCCUAAUGGGAGCCUAGAAACCUGGAUUCAUUCUGAUGUUUAUUUCUUGGAUAUCAUUCAGAGAUUGAACAUUAUGACAGAUGUGGCUGGCAUGUGCAAUCGAGUAUCUCCACCACAGUUACUCAUCACCAGUGGUUCAUUGGGAUUUGAAGCCUAG